GUAUGCAGGUUGCAGGUAAUAUUUUUCUAUGCAAGUGGCUUAGAGUUCUAAUCUAAGUGUGGUUCAUAGUCUAUGGAACAUAUAUUCAUUUGCUGUUGCAGUUUAGCAUGUUCUCCAUUUCCAAGUCAUUAUAAUCCUUAUGAAUCUCCUUGAAUUUGUUUAUAGCAUAUGAAUCCUAUAUUGCAUGUUUUUACACACAAAAAAACAAACAAUAAACUUGAGCUAUGAUUUUGCCUCUGGUGCACUUCUGGUGUUUGUGGAUGAUUUGUGCGUUUGUGGACCUCUGAUAUUUAAGAUUCUCAAAUAUUGAUUUGUAAUCUGUAUUUUUUAUUUUUUUGGCAAACUCCGUUUGUUUUGAAUUAUGUAUUUUUUUUUCUUUCAAAUUAAACAGCUCAAAAGAACACAUUUUAAGUAAACAUAUCAAAAACCUUGUUUAUAAAUUCAGUUCUUGCAUAAUCUCAAAUAAGUGUGUUAACCACUACUGUAGCUACUUGAGAUCCUCAAGUAAGAUUUUAUUUGUAUGUGAUUAUGUCUACAUAUUUAUUUCUCUUUCAUCUUUGCUCUUUGGGUCAGUCACUAUCAGUGGGUCGGAUUAGGUAGUUUAUAGAUGACAUUUUCAUAAAUUAUCAUGCGAAAAUUGACUUGACUCGGAAUUUUUGGGUGAAAUUAGUUCCUUAAUCGUGUUAACAAUCCAAAAUAAUAUUUUCUAAACCACUAUGUCUUGGUCUCUCUUAUAAUAUAAUCAUGUUUAUUAGCCUGAGGUAAUUACCACGAAAAGGUUAAAAUUGCUACAUGAAGUGCUUAGCACUUUGCUUGUGUCACAUAGAGCAUCAAUCUUCCAAGUAUUUUCUUGGUAAACUCUUUGAUGAAUACUUAAUUCCAAGUAUCGUUCUCUAAUACCUAAUAGAAGGAUAUAUAAAAACCUUUGCAUAUGCAUCACAUAGUGCAACAAAAUCAUCCAAACCAACUGGUAACAAAUUCCAUGGCAGACUAUACUGCAGUUUUCUUUGAUGAUGAGGAUAGUAGUACUGACAUAUUAUCAGAUGGCGAGUGCGCGGAGCAACUGCAACUCCAAGAGGUUCUUGAAACCUGUUUAGAAAUGCACCAUCUUAGCAUGUCAUCAGCCAAAGUUACAUGUGAGAUUUGCCUUGAGAGAAAAGGAACAGAUGAAAUGUUCGAACUAGAGAACUGCUCUAUUCAUUCUUUCUGUUCCGACUGCAUAAGCCUACAUGCUCAGUCCAAGAUACAAGAGAAAAGCUUUCCCGUAACUUGCCCGGGUUUGAGAUGUCCGGCCAUAAUUGAACCUGCCUCUUGUAGGUCAAUCAUACCUGAAGAUGUUCUCGCGAGGUGGGAAGAGGGCAUGUGCGAGUCAUCUAUUCCUAUGCUUGAAAGAAUUCACUGUCCUUAUAAUGAUUGUUCUGCGCUGUUCAUUUAUGAUCGCGAUCAUGAGGAGACCAUAGUCGAGUGUACAUGUCCUCUGUGCCAAAGACUCUUCUGUGCACAGUGUCGUGUCCCUUGGCACGUUGGGCGUGACUGUGACAUGUUUCAAAAGGAAGAAAAAGACGGGGAAGAUGAUUUAAAGGUUGCGGCGCUUGCUGAGGAAUUCAAAUGGAUGAAAUGCCCCAACUGUAAAUCAAUUGUGGAUAAAGUUGAUGGCUGUAUACACAUAACAUGCGUGUGUAAAGUAGAAUUUUGCUACAUCUGUGGAGGAAUAUGGAGUGAAGCUCAUUGGAAUUGCGAAGACGAAGACUAAGAGUAGUUUCAUAUGAUCGUGAAGGAUACAUGGGUAUGGGUUGUGGUGCAGUGGAUGGGGCUGCUCCACCCUUAACCAGAGGUCGAGAGUUCGAUCCUGGUAUGGAGAAAACUCUAUUGGGAACGCUGUCACCGUAAUGCUUAAUGGACCGUUCAACGCGCAAUCCGAAUUAGUCGGGCUCUAAUGCGGACACCGGACAAAUGUUUUAUUUUAAUAAAUAAAUUUAAAAAUUGGCUAUGAAAUUCAUGGCAACUCUUGCUCUAAAUGACCCAAUAUUAGUUUUUUUAUGAUAAUCUAUUUAUUGAAUGUUA